AUGUCGACGCGGUGUCUCUCCUCGCUGACGAGGCUCCGUCGUGCCCAGCAUGCCGUGCGUUUCCAUGGCUCUACGGAAUCUGAUCGACGCUGCGGUCAGGGUCGCCACAUGAGGCCCUCACGGUGGAUAACACAGCUGGUUGCCGUGGCGAACGGUCCCCAGGCCUCUGCCAACACCCGAGCUUUUGCACAUCAUCCGGGAUUGGCCUUGAGGGGUGUUUGCCGCGUCGUGUCUGCUAGGAUACAUUCUUCUUCGUGCAGCACAGCCGAGCUUUCUUCCACCCCUGUCUCCAAUUCACGCGUUUCGGAGGAGGUUACGGAACAAUUUGGUUAUUAUUCGGAUAUGGCUGUUGCAGACGAGGCAAAACACGGUCCGUUGGCCGACGACGAGGUUGCCGUGGACCCGGAGUCCGAUGUCGAUGUGCCCCUGGAGGCCGAAGAGCUUCAGAAUGCCCUGUCGAGACCACCGCCGGUGAAUAGCGAUUACCUGCCACUGCCCUGGAAAGGGAGGCUAGGCUAUGCCUGUCUGAACACAUAUUUGCGAUACUCGAAUCCGCCGGUGUUUUGUUCACGCACGUGUCGCAUUGCCUCCAUUCUGGAGAAUCGGCAUCCACUCGCGGAUCCCUUGCAACCCGCCCAUCCCACCAAGAACCGCCCGGAUCGAACCCAGCCCGCAGAUGUUGCACGGGGCCAGGCCUUUGUGGAGUCCCUGGGCCUUGCCAAUGCGCGAGAUCUGGUGAAGAUGGUCCGGUGGAAUGACCGCUACGGCAUCAAGUUCAUGCGUCUGAGCAGUGAGAUGUUCCCCUUCGCCAGCCACAAGGAAUAUGGCUACAAGUUAGCGCCGUUUGCCUCGGAGGUGCUCGCCGACACAGGCCGGGUGAUCGCUGAGCUGGGCCACCGUGUAUCAGUCCAUCCCGGCCAGUUUACUCAGUUAGGCUCGCCCAAGAAGGAGGUUGUGGAGAGCUCCUUUCGUGAUCUCGAAUACCACUCGGAGAUGCUGCAGCUCCUCCAGCUGCCGCCCCAACAAGACCGCGAUGCGGUCAUGAUCCUCCAUAUGGGCGGAGUGUUUGGAGACAAGGAAGCGACCCUUGACCGGUUUCGCGAGAACUACAAGCUGCUAUCCCAAGAUGUUAAAAAUCGCCUAGUCCUAGAAAACGAUGACGUGAGUUGGACCGUUCAUGACCUGCUUCCUAUCUGCGAAGAAUUGAAUAUACCCCUGGUCCUCGACUAUCACCAUCACAAUAUCAUGUUUGAUUCCAGUCAGCUCCGUGAAGGAACGCUGGACAUUAUGGCGCUAUAUGAUCGGAUCAAAGCUACUUGGACCCGCAAAGAGAUCACCCAAAAGAUGCACUACUCUGAGCCUGAGCCAUCCGCCAUCACGAACCGCCAGCGCCGCAAACACAGCCCACGGGUUUCGACUCUACCACCGUGCGACCCAACCAUGGACCUUAUGAUCGAGGCCAAGGAUAAAGAGCAAGCUGUUUUCGAGCUUAUGCGCAAUUUCAGACUGCCGGGACACAAUCUGUUUAGCGAUAUCAUCCCCCACAUCCGCGAUGAUGAAAACAAGCCCUUCAAGCCCCCCCGAAAACCCUCCAGCAAGAAGAAUGGCUUUGUCGAUUUGGACGCCUUGGCGCCUCCCCCACCCACCGUUUCCGAGGAUGAAGUCGGCAUGGGCGGACCCGAAGGUCGGGUCUACUGGCCCCCGGGCAUGGAAGAGUGGCUGCGGCCAGCCAAGAAGACGGUCAAAGUCAAGGCAACAAAGAGUCCCAAGAAGAGCCGCGCAACCAAGAAAACCGGCGAGGUUGAAGCCACCACGGUCGACGGCCCUGAGGCGGCCGAUGAGGCUCCCGAAAUCUCCCCUCAAACCCCGGUCAAGACACCACGCAAACGGGCCCAGCGCACUUCGAGUGUGAAGAAACAAGUUGGAAGGAAACGAAAGGCCUCCGAGUCGCCCUCUACUCCCUCGAGUUCGGAAAAUGAGUCUCCCGGCCUAGACGGGAUGCCUGAGCCGUCCCUGACGAUCUCCACCGCAGUUCGACGCAGUCGACGAGCGAAGAAGGUCAUGUAUAUUCAAAGAAAACAACAAUCUCCGCUCGAGACGCUGGCUCCUAAACCGCCGUUCCGAACACGCUGGUUACCCCCGCCGCCGACCUUUUGGCGCCAGCCCCCGUCUCGCUUCCUCCCCUCCAUCUUCCAGCGAAGAAAGCGAAACCCGCGGACGGGCGCCCUCCCUCUCGUACUGCGAGUGCUGUUCGGCCCGCACGCGAGCCGCCGAGUGCUCUCGCGCCUCUGGGGGUUCCGGCACGAGACGAUCCCCGCCCUAGGCCACCGGGCGCAAGCACGCAUCUACAAAGCGCUCGUCAAUCGACAGGCGAGGCUGCAGCGGAGGCGACGCGCGGGUGGUGGUGUUCUUGCCUAUCUCCUGGGUCGCAGGACACGUGGUGUACCGGGCUGGAAUUUCUCAAGAAGCAGCACAGGAGGAGGGCGAGUACGACUCGGCGGGAGCAGUUGGAGGCGCCUGAAGAAGGACGCGUCGAGAGGAGCGGAAAGCGGGCCCUCAGUCCUGAGGGAUGCCGAGCAGAAGAGGCCCAUGGCGCAGUCAGGUCUCUCCUCGUCGAUGUCAUGGGGCCCUGCGGACGAGACGCCGGCCAGGGAACCAGGGGCGCGGCGGAAAAAGGUCUUUGAGUAUCUGAAGGCUGCCAACGAGCUGCGACAGACGUACCAGGCGCAGUGGGCGGCGCAGCGGAACGGAGCACAACGCGAUCUCUACGAUGAUACGCCGGGGGCGUUUCCGGACGUCGACGUCGCCAGGUCCGGGGAUGUCGAGUUGGUCCUGUUUCCGAGCUACGCGAGGCGGCUCGGCCGGAGGCAGACCCGGUCGAGAGUGGACAGUGGGCGGUACGGGACGACACAGUGGGAAGAUCUUGACGAGGACAACACGGUGGUGGAUGUUGAUGUGCAUGGCUGGAUUUCUGCACCGCAUCGGGGCCCGCCGACUCGCAAGCAGCGCCUCAUCAUCGCUCUCGCCAGGAAGUUGAGUGGUGUUCCGGCUCCGCCGUCGGUUGCAGCGGCCGAUAGCAGCGAGGAUUCGUCUCAGGAUAUGAGCUCUGCUGCCAGGCUAUCUGCCAAAGGCGAAGACGAGUUCGCUCGUAAGGAGGCCGAGCGGAUGAUCCACGAUGCAGAGAGGGAUGCGGAUCCGGAAUGGAGAGCGGCUUCGUCUGAUGACCCGGAUGAGAGGUUCUUUGGCCGGCCGCCUCGCCGGACGACAACACAGUCCUCCAUUACCUCCACAAGAGGCGAUCUUUCCAUGGAGAACACAAAUCUCAUGGAGAGACUCCGCCCGUUUCUGUCCUCGCCAGUGGGCGAGCUGCCUGUCACUGUCUUCUUUUUCAACGAUGACAAAAGCCAGGCAAGGAAUGUUCUGACAGAUGAGUUUGGACACUUCUCCUUGCGCGCAGCUCUGCCCUUUGUUCCGACCCAGCUUCGCAUUUUGGCUUCAGAAAGCCUGUCAGUCUCUCAAGCCAUCCGGAUCAGUGAGCCUUCUGGCAUUUCUCUCAUCAGCGAUAUUGACGACACUGUCAAACACUCUGCGAUCACCGGCCGUGCGCGGGAUAUCUUCCGGAACGUCUUCGUGCGCGAACUCGCCGAUCUCAAAGUCGAUGGAGUCGCCGAGUGGUAUAAGAAACUGACAGAGCUGGGCGUGGAGAUCCAUUACGUUUCCAACGCCCCGUGGCAGUUAUACUCCCUACUUGACAAGUUUUUCAAGUUGGUGGGACUUCCACAGGGUUCCUUCCAAAUGAAACAGUAUACCGGGAGAUUACAGGGGAUUUUCGAGCCUGCUGCUGAAAAGAAAAGAGCCUCUUUGGAUAGGAUCCUGCGCGACUUUCCCGAGCGUAAAUUCAUCCUGGUUGGUGAUAGCGGAGAAGCCGACUUGGAGGUCUAUACGGACCUUGUCAUGGCCAAUCCGGGACGGGUAUUGGGCGUUUUCAUCCGAGACGUCACUACGCCUGCCCAGAGGAAGUUCUUUGAGAAGUCCGUAAACCAUCUGGAGCGCCCUCCAGCGGCCCGGAGCGUCAGUACGGGCCAAAUUUCCAGUCAAUCGGAUCCGGUUGAAAAACGACCAGCUUUGCCUCCUCGGCCCCCUCGAGGGAUCUCGGCUCCGGUUGUGGACGCGCAGAGUCUUGACAAUGAGGAUCUGAUCGAUCUCCGAGAUGAGGAAGAGGGAGAAAAGAGCGCUGUACCUCCUGCUACACAAAGUCGCAAGCCAGUCAACAGUCGUCAGCCCCCCGCAAAGCCUUCCAAGCCAUUGUCUCUGCGCACAGCUGCGACGAGUCAAGACAGUGUGGAUGGGGGCAGUAAGGAGACCAACACUGCACAAUUACAAGACGUUAUCCGCCGCAAACCUGUUCCUCCACUUCCUAGCCGGCGUCCUGUUCCCACCGCAGCGUCGUCGAUGGAUCGGGGGACAGAUGGGUCUCCCGGAGCAGGCCAGCCAUUGUCUACCGGCAUCACCAAUACGAUCCAAAACGCCGUUGUGGGAGCGUACAACACUCUUCCGUCCACAGCAGACUACCUGCCUAUACAAAGCAAGGCGUCCAAUGCCAAUCUGGGCGAAUCGCAGCAAUCAAGUGACUCGCAGUCCUCUUCCCGGUCCAAACAGCCUCCUCCGCCACCUCCUCCUCCACGCCGAUCCAACACCGCAGCAUCGACGACUUCAAGCUCUCAAAACCGCCAACCACAACCUAAACAAUCGUAUCCUGCCGCUGCCGCCACGGCCGCAUACCAAUAUGCCUCUGAUCGCCUGGGCGGGUCUUCUUCCCCAGCCACCACAUUCAGCCAAAUGGAUAUCGUCAACAAUACCAACACCUAUAACAACACCUAUAACUAUAACAAUAAAAACGGCGACGGCAAUAAUCUAGACUCGUACGUGCCCCCGGCCCCCCUACCCAACAAGCGCGAGGAACUCUGGCGCCGCCGCUGGGAACGCGCCCGCGGUAUUUUUGAGGGGCUGGACAUCGUGCUGGGCAGCUGGCGCGUGGGCAGCGACGUCCAGGACGUCUGUGUGUGGUUGGUCCAGGAGGAGCUGCAAGCGAUCCAAAGCAAGAGACAAGACGCAUCUUCCCCUAAGCCUGAGAAGGGUAGUUUGAUUUGA